GCGCAUCGGGACGCUGUGUGCGUGCUCUGUGGAGGCGCCGCUUCCACCUGCUGGAGGCGGGGUCGGGGCGGGCUCCGGAGGAAGGGAGGUGACGCAGGAGCUGUCCAGCUCCCAGCUUGUUCAAAGCAAGGCCCAGACCGCACCAGGCUCCCUGCAGGCCCUCGGUUAAAAAUGGUCUCCAGAAUGGUCUCUACCAUGCUCUCUGGCCUACUAUUUUGGCUGGCAUUGGGAUGGACUCCAACAUUCGCUUACAGCCCACGGACUCCUGACCGAGUCUCCGAAACAGAUAUCCAGAGGCUGCUUCAUGGUGUUAUGGAGCAAUUGGGCAUUGCCAGGCCACGGGUGGAAUAUCCAGCUCACCAGGCCAUGAAUCUUGUGGGCCCACAGAGUAUCGAAGGGAGAAAGGAGCCUCAUCUGGCUGAACGCGGACAAUCUGGCCAGUUGGCAGGAUCUUUUCAUGAAGGUGGAGCACAUGAAGGUCUGCAGCACUUGGGUCCUUUUGGCAACAUCCCCAACAUUGUGGCAGAGUUGACUGGCGACAACAUUCCUAAGGACUUCAGCGAGGAUCAGGGUUACCCUGACCCUCCAAAUCCCUGUCCUGUUGGCAAAACAGCAGAUGAUGGAUGCCUAGAAAACACCCCUGACACAGCGGAGUUCAGUCGAGAAUUCCAGUUGCACCAGCACCUUUUUGAUCCAGAACAUGACUACCCAGGCUUGGGAAAGUGGAAUAAGAAACUCCUGUAUGAGAAGAUGAAGGGAGGACAGAGGCGGAAGCGCAGGAGUGUCAAUCCGUACCUACAAGGACAGAGGCUGGACAAUGUUGUCGCAAAGAAGUCUGUCCCCCAUUUUUCAGAUGAGGACAAGGACCCAGAGUAAAGAGAAGAUACUGGGUGGAAACUCAUGGCCCUCACUGUUAAUGUGCAUGUGUCACUAAAGCCCCUGAGAAUGGCAGCAUGUUUCUGAUGUAGUUAAUUAUGGAUGAAAAGCAGCUGCAUUCACAUUGUCCUUCACACUGAUGGCUCAGCUUUCUGCUAAGUUUAAAUAGGAGUUCUUUUUGUUUUUAUUUUUUCUGCAAUGAACAUUAACAUUAAAAUGUAUAUGUCAAGUAAAAUAAAAAACAAAGCUAGGAAAUGCUCAGAUUUCUUGCAGUUUAAAUGGUGUUUAGGGCUGUGAUGCUUUGACCAAGUCUGCAAAAAAGCUGGCAUUUGAUUUUGAUUAUACAGUGCAUCUAGCCCCCGGGCCCUGUUACACACCAAUAAAGAAGUCUGUGCUCUCGGGAAGGACCUGACACAUCUCUCUUGGCUGUAUCUUAGUAAAUGUUUAUGCAAGCA